ACAUAUCAAAUAGUUGAAAUGUUAUGUAAAUUCUAAUAUAAUAUCACCGUUAAUACGUAUGAAGACAUUAAAUUAUUUGUAUUUAAUUUAUUUUAUUUACUGAUGGAUUUUUUUAAUUGUUUUGGUUUGAAACUACGACAAAUGUAGCGUUGCAUUAUCAAAAAACAUUAAAUAUUCUAGUGAGAACAAUCAAAAUGUUAAGAGAAUUAAGCACUAUCAGAGAAUGUAUUGUUAAUACUAAUGUCAGUUUAAAAUCUGUUAUUCAGGAUAUUUAUUUAUGUGAUGGGCCGAUAGAAUCCUUAACUCGUUUAAAUGAUGAUGGAAGAAAGCAAAUAAAUAUAUUUAGAAAUUUAAUUGAAAAUUUAGAGCUGUUUGCUCAAGAAGCAGAAAGUAUUCAAGAAAGAUCUGAAGUCAUGGAAGAAGUUCGUAACCAAAGAGAAUAUCUUACUAGUAAUAUUGCAUCAUUCAGAAAAGCUAAUGUAGAAUGUAUGGCACGAAUUCAUAAAAAGUCUAGUGAUCAACUUUUUAGUAUUAGUAAGGAGGAACAAGUGAGACAUAGACUUAAAAUGGAUAAAGAAAAUUUAUUAAAACAAUCAUCAACUGUUACUGACCAAUUGUUAUCUGUUAGCAGACAACUAGCAAAUACUUCACAACAAAGUUUAGAUUCACUUGACAUUUUAUUAAAAUCGUCUUCAACUGUACAUAAUAUUAGCAAUGAAAUAAAAAACUCUAAAGGUGCAUUAACACAGUCAGAAAAACUUCUUAAUAAAUAUGGACAGCGAGAGACUACUGAUAAAAUAUUAAUAAUUUUUGCUUUUGCAUUCUUUUUAUGUGUUGUAGCAUACAUUGUGCAUAAAAGACUCUUUUAAAACACCAAAUAUUAUUAUAUAAUUGAAAAGGUAUGCUUAUGAAAAAAUGUUUGACUGAUCUUAAUAACUUGUUGGUUUUAACAUUCUUUUCAUAAAAAUUGUUUACUAUUAAAAAUGUUUUUAAAAAAAUAAUAUUUUACUAGCUAAUUUAUAUGUUAUAAUAUCAAGUUUAAAAAUACUAUAUUAUUUAUUUU